AUGGCUAGUCCGCCAGUUCUAGCUUUCGAUGCCGAGGGCCGUCCAGUGAAGUUCGAAACCUGGCUCGAUGACCUGCACCUGUUCCUACAGCUCACUGCCAAGGAAGAUAUCUCACUGUACGACCAUGCCCUAGGCCAUGCCACUGCCCCUGACUCGUCUGCUGACAGCACUCUGCGUUCCCAGUGGCAGACCCGUGAUGCGCACGCUCGCUUUGCUAUUCGCAACUCCUUGCCGCUAGACGAGCGCGAGCACUUCGGCCAGUGCAAGACUGCUAAGGACCUCUACACCGCUGUAGUUGCCCGCUACUCCUCACCCGCUUCUGCCACGCUAGGCCGCCUCACUCUCCCCUACCUGUUCCCCGACCUAGCCUCCUUUCACACUGUCGCAGACCUCAUCACCCACCUUAAGACUAGUGAGGCCCGCUUUCGCGCUGCUAUGCCUGCCGAGUUUCUCACUAGCAACCCCCCCCCGCUCUGGAUCACUCUCUACCACAUCGUCACCCGCCUCCCUGACUCUCUGCGCGUAGCACCUCUCGUGGCGACCCCCGCACCCCGUUCUUUGAGGGGUGUUCCCCUUCCCCCCUCCUCCCCUCUGUCGCCUCUGCUGCUGCUGUCGACCUUCUUGGUGCUGAGAAGGUCGGGACCGCGUCUGCUUCGAGCGGGCGCCGCAGGAACAAGGGGGGCAGGGGUGGGGGUGGUGGCGGAGGAGGUGGGGGUGGAGGCGGUGCGAGUGGAGGCGCGGCUGGGGAGACUAGUGGCGGCAGUGGGGGAGGAGACAGCAGCGGCGGGAGUGGUGGUGGAGGCGGCAGCGGAGGCGGAGGUGGUCGUGGCGGCGGCAGGGGUGGAGGUGGCCGGGGCGGCGGCGGUGGGGGUGGUGGUCGUGGAGGCACUGGCGGAGGGCAGAGUCAGCAGCCCGCCCCGACACUUCAGGCCGCCCGUGAGUGGUAUGCGCAGCGUAGCGUUACCUGCACACUUUGAUGCUAUUCUCACUGCCAUGUAUGCGAUGUCUAUUAGUGGAGAGGGUGCUCAGUACUUGCGUGUUCCGCCCGACCCGGGCAUUCAGGCCAGUCCGGCUGCCGCUCUAGGUGCUAGUGCGUCUGCUCCCACAGGUCCUGGUGAGGCCGCUGCCCUAGGUGCUCGUGCGUCCGUGCCCCCUGGUACUGAGUCGACUGCAGCACUGCACACCUUCACACUGGACUCAGGUGCUUCUCGCUCCUUCUUUCGUGACCGCACUGUCCUUGAGCCACUCGCUCGGCCAGUUGCUGUCUCCCUUGCUGACCCCUCUGGGGGUCCGGUCAUUGCGACCUCCUCCACUGUCCUUCCUUGUCCGGCGGUCCCGUCCGGCACGCUUUCACCCCUGCCUACGAGCGCGUGA